UCUUUUUCUUUUUUUACAUUUUUUUUAUUCUCCCACCUCACUCUUGUCCUGCCCUGAAGAGAACUGCACGAAACGAAGUCUAAAAAAACGGAUCCCAAUAAAAAAACUGAACCCUAACCCUAGAAUACGGGGCUUAUCCUCUGCUUCCUUUUCCGAUUUGUUCUCUCCCGAACCACCAGGUACGAUAGGGUUUGUCACUGAAUCUUCACUAGCGUACGCGUUAGGGUUAUAUCUGCAAUUUGUUAAGCUAGGGUUUGGAUUUAUAUGAUGGAAUGCUCUGCUUCCUGUGUACCUUGUUGUUGCCGGCUAUGACCGGGGGGCGAUGUCUCCCGUUGAAGGACAUGGCAGAGGAAGGGGAUGCCGCUGCCGUGGGGAGGCCCUAUCGGUCUGAUUUUGUGGCGGAAAUUACUCGUGAUUUUUCCGUACGUGAAAUUGAUUACUUGUCCCAGGCUAGGAAAGCCCUCUCAGAACGUUCUCCCUUUGAUGUUGCUGAAGAAACUUCGACUUCUGCUGCGCUGACGCUGCCCAGUGGGUUGGCUGGCCUGCUGAACAGACAGACUGAUAACAGGAGACGUCCCAAGAAGUCUCAUUCCGGUGGGCAUAAGAGGAAAUCUUCGACUAGGGCAAACCAGAAGAAACCUGAGGAUUCUAACAUUUGGAUUGAGACUGAGGAGUACUUUAGAGACUUAACCUUGGCAGAUAUUGACUUCUUGUUUGAGUUCUCUCGCACUUCUAGUUUAGCUUCUCAGGACUUCUCCAUUCCACUAUUGGGAAAUGUUCCGACAUGCAAUGCAGUUCGAAGUUAUAGCGAGAAUGAAAUGGAGCCUGCUCCAAAAGUCAGCGUAGGAGUCAGUGGUGAGGAUGAAAAGAAGGGUGAUUUAGUGGUUAGUGAGGAUGCAAAGAAGGUUGGUGAAGCUGUGGAAAGUGAGGAUGGAUUGUUGGUAAUUGAGGCAAUUGAUGAUGCUGCUGUUGAACAACCAUGUCCUCAGGAUGACAGGAAUCAAGACAGUUCUGAUUCUGCUAUCAGCUUAGAAUGGUUUUUGGGACGCAGGAAUAAACUUUCUUUAACUUCCGAGCGUCCCUCCAAGAAAAGGAGGCUUUUGGGCGGUGAAGCUGGUUUGGAGAAAGUUAUAAUGUCUUGUCCUUGUGACGAGAGUCAACCGUUUUGCCAUUACUGUGGCAGAGGAGACACUGGCAGUGACUCCAAUAGGUUAAUUGUAUGCGCGGCUUGUAAAAUGGCAGUUCACAGGAAGUGCUAUGGUGUGCAUGAGGGUGUGGAUGAGGCUUGGCUGUGCUCCUGGUGCAAACAAAUGGGUGAUGUUGAUGAAUCAGUGAAUCCUUGUGUUCUUUGUCCAAAGAAGGGUGGUGCAUUGAAACCAGUUUAUAGCAGUGUGAAAGGUGCUGGCUCAGCUGCAUUUGUGCACUUAUUCUGCUCUCUGUGGAUGCCUGAGGUUUAUAUAGAUGAUAUGGAGAAGAUGGAACCUGUUAUGAAUGUGGGGGAAGUCAAGGAAACAAGGAAGAAAUUAGUGUGUAGUGUUUGCAAAUCAAAGUGUGGUGCAUGUGUUCGGUGCAGCCAUGGAAGCUGCAGAACUUCUUUCCACCCUUCAUGUGCAAGGGAUGCGAGACAUAGGAUGGAAGUUUGGGCAAAGUAUGGCAAUGAUAAUGUUGAGUUGCGGGCUUUUUGCUUGAAACACUCGGAUCUACCAGAGAGCCAAAGCAUCUUGCCACAGGAAGCCUUCAUAGAGGUUAGAAAUGAAUUUUCAGAAGCCAGUGACCUUCCAGUGACAUUGCCAGUGAGUGGUGAACACAACUUGAGAGAUUGCAGGAAUGGAGGAUUAGUCUCUGACAGUAAUCCAGACAAAUUGAACCAUAAUGACGAACCACCAGAUGGAGGAUUACCUGAAUGCAGGUUAAGUGAUCACAUGUUGGGAUGUGGUGCUGUGCCCCAACAAAAUGUUGAAGUGGUAGAUAGAGGGAAUGAGAAUGCUGAUGGAUCUGAUUCUAACAGUUUUGCUCUAGUUUUGAAGAAGUUGAUUGAUCGUGGAAAAGUUAACGUAAAAGAUGUAGCAUUGGAGAUUGGCAUUUCACCAGAUACAUUAACUGCAAAUACAAAUGAAGCUUAUAUGGCACCUGAUGUCCGACACAAAAUAGUGAAUUGGCUAAAAGGCCAUGUAUAUUCCGGUGCAUUUCAGAAGGGUUUAAAGGUCAAAUUCAAACCAGCCAAUGCAUCCAAAAUUGAUAGUGGAGCCACAGAUGGCUCUGAUACUUUACCAAUAUCAGACUCGGGUUUGCUGGAUCCUGUUGCUGUUAAGUCGGUUCCACCAAGGAGGAGAACAACCAAUAACAUUAGGAUUCUGAAGGAUAAUAAAGUGGUAUGUUCAUCUCAGGGGGUUACAAGUGAGAAUGGGAUGCCGGUACACAUGUGCAGAGUAGGUCAGUCCAACUGCGAGAAUCCAACAAGUUCCAAUGAAGCAUCCAUCCCCAAUGCAACAGAAACGAACUUAUCCAAGCAUGAGGAUAUUUUUCAAGAAUUUCAAGAGAAUGCUGAUAAACCUCACAAAUCCUGCUUAUCUGGAAAGGGUGCAAUCUCUAGUUACAUUCAUCCAUUCAUCAACAAGAAAUUGCUGCAGAUUCAGGAUGGGGUGCCCUUGGAGAAUGUUAUAUCAGGUUCAACUGACAAGGGAAAUUCGGGUUUGGUUGAAUCCUUUGGAGCUAGUGGCUGCUUAAAUAGCCAAAAUCAGAACUUAACUUCCAGUGAAAUAUCAAAGCCUGACGAAGUAAAGAGGGAUCAAUUGGUUAGGACUAAAAAAGUGGAAGUUUUGGAAUUUUCUCCCCAAGAUGAGUUGGAGGGGGAACUUGUUUAUUUUCAAUAUAGGUUAUUGCAGAAUGUGGUUGCAAAAAGGAGGCAUAUUGAUAAUUUAAUCUAUAGUGUUGCAAAGAGUUUACCACAUGAGAUUGAUAAGGCUCAUCAACAAAGAUGGGACGAUGUUAUUGUUAAUCAAUAUCUACGUGAUCUUAGAGAGGCAAAAAAGCAGGGCAGAAAAGAAAGAAAGCACAAGGAAGCACAGGCAGUAUUGGCUGCUGCCACUGCUGCUGCUGCAGCAUCUUCUAGGUCAUUCCGGAAAGACACAUUAGAUGAAUCUAUGCAACAGGAGAAUUUUUUAAAAUCGGACCAUUUAAAUGGAAGGGCGGGUGCUUGUUCUCAACCGAUGCCUCGAGCUAAAGAGACGCUUUCAAGAGUAGCUGUGACUAGAACUUCAUCAGAGAAAUAUUCGGACUUUUGCAUGCCAACCUCAGAUUUUUCUAAGGAGCAAUGUAAAUCAUGUGAUAUUUGUAGACGAUCAGAGACUAUUUUAAACCCUAUCCUAGUCUGCUCUGGUUGUAAGGUUUCAGUCCACUUAGGUUGCUAUCGUAGUGUGAAGGAAACGACAGGUCCGUGGUAUUGUGAGUUAUGUGAAGAUUUUUCAUCUAGAAGCUCUGGAGCAUCUGCCAUCAACUUUUGGGAGAAACCUUAUAUUGGUGUGAAAUGUGCUCUCUGUGGUGGUACUACCGGUGCUUUUAGGAAGUCUUCUGAUGGUCAAUGGAUUCAUGCUUUCUGUGCUGAGUGGGUUUUUGAGUCUACAUUCAGAAGAGGACAAAUAGAUGCUGUGGAAGGAAUGGAAAGUGUGCCAAAAGGCAUUGACACUUGUUGCAUCUGCCAUUGCAAGAAUGGUGUAUGCAUGAAGUGUUGCUAUGGGCAUUGUCAGACCACAUUCCACCCAUCAUGUGCUAGAAGUGCUGGUUUGUACAUGAAUGCAAGGACUGCUGGUGGCAAGGUUCAACACAAGGCUUACUGUGAAAAGCAUAGUUUGGAGCAAAAAGCGAAGGCUGAAAAUCAAAAACAUGGAAUUGAAGAGUUAAAAAGUAUCAGGCAAAUUAGGGUUGAACUAGAGAGAUUACGUCUCCUUUGUGAAAGAAUUGUCAAACGUGAAAAAUUAAAGCGGGAAUUAGUACUAUGUUCACAUGACAUACUUGCCUUUAAGAGAGAUAAUGUUGCGAGGUCUGUGCUAGUUCAUAGCCCUUUCAUCCUUCCUGAUGGUAGUUCAGAAUCAGCUACAACGUCUCUAAAAGGGAACACAGAGGGAUACAGAUCAUGCAGUGAACCUCCCCAAAGAUCAGAUGAUGUUACUGUUGACAGUUCUGUUUCUGCUAAGCGCCGUGUCAGAGUUGCCAUAUCUAUGGAUGCAGACCCAAAAUUGGAUGAUGACUGUUCAACCUCCCAGAGCAAAUAUAACCACAAGAUUCCAGAAAGAACACAAUUUUCUGGCAAGAAGAUUCCUCACAGAGCUGCUGCAUCACGAAAUAUUUUGGAUGAAGGUGGAUGGAGAUCCAAAUCUAGAAAGCAUGCUGAAACAUUUGGAAAAGAGCUUGUUAUGACGUCAGAUGAAGCGUCUAUGAAGAAUUCAAGGCUGCCAAAAGGAUAUGCAUAUGUUCCUGCUGAUUGUCUGUCAAAUGACAAGCACUCUAACGAGGAUAUGUAUGCUAGUGGGCCUGUGGAGAAUGACAGAUAGUGUUGGAUCCCAGCCUGGUUCUUUAUUUUGCCCUCGAGGCUGACAUCCAUAAUAAUUGAUGCCAUGCCAUUUUGCGCUUGGGAGAUUUUAUUUGAAAAUGGCAAAAAGUAGAGAUAGGGUUGAUCACACUGAAUUGUUGCAAAAUGUUGCUUUCUGAUAUGCGGGGCAAGUUUUGUUAGCAUUGUUGUACAUUCCUUAUGAGAGUAAACUGUACAGUGAAUGAGCAUUUCUUGCAUUUACCUGUAUUAGAAGGGGGCAUGUCUUCCGUUUUACUGACACUCGUGGGAAUGAUCAAACGGAAGCAUUCCUUGUAAUCAUCAUACAAGGGAGGAUCAGGGAAUCACCUGUUUUUCUGUAAAGUUGAUGUACAUAUUUUAUGAAAGUCUUAGUAAUCUGAAAGGGAUAGUGCUCGGCAUCAGAUUCACGAGCAUAUAAAUUAUAUUCAACUUCCACCUAAA